GUGACACUUGCAGACUGUUCGUGAGCCUCAGAACGAGGUCGUGUGUUGUUAUCGCUCAUACCAACCGGUCGUCUGCUAUGCAGGUAUUACGGCAUGUCGUCUGCUACGGGAAUCAUAAAUUAUGAAGAACCGUUGCUUGUAUUGAUCGUGUGAGGGGCGGAUUUGUCUGUGCAACUCGCAGACGGCCGGCGAGAAUAGAGACAGCGUGUGGGUUUUCAGCAAGGGGUAGCAUUAAACUUAUAUAUGAUGGGAGACUACGAUGAACACUUCGCUUACAGAGCUAGCCGUCAAAGCACGCGCUCUGGACGCGCACGCAGUCCGACAAGCCACAGUGACCAUGGAUCACUCAUCAGACACAGUAUCCUUCGAAUGUCGGAGGAAAAACGCGCCAAGAAAGUGAGAUUUUACAGGAAUGGGGACAGGUUCUUUAAAGGCAUGAUAUAUGCCGUAUCACCUGAACGAUUCAGGACUUUUGAGUCCCUCAUGGCAGAGUUAACCCUUAGCCCGCUGUGUGAUAAGGUGGUGCUUCCUAAUGGUGUCCGACAUAUGUUUACUAUGGAUGGUUCGAAGAAAAUAACGAGCUUAUUUGAACUCCAGGAAGGUGAGAGUUACGUCUGUGCUUCUACCGAUGUCUUCAAGAAUCUGGAAUACACAACAAGUUCGUCCCCAAACUGGAAUUAUAACAUCAAAUCUCGCGGUGCUGACUCACAAGAUGGUGGCGCUUCUGUUGCCAAGGAAACGUACGAGAAUGAAAACAAAGGGUUCAUUCUGAAGCCAAAGUUGGUUACAAUUAUACGGAACGGAAGUAAGCCACGUAAGGCUGUGAGGAUAUUGCUGAAUAAAAAGACAGCACAUUCCUUCGACCAGGUUCUCACAGACAUAACAGAGGCAAUCAAACUCGACAGCGGAGCCGUCAGGAAGAUAUUCACGCUGGACGGUCGACAGGUGUGUUGUCUGGCAGACUUCUUCAGUGAUGAAACAAUAUUUGUGGCAUACGGUCAUGAGAAGCUGUCGGUGGACGACUUUGAUUUGGAUGACAAUGUCAGGAAAAAGAUAGAGGUUAAAAUGGUUGGCGCCUACAAAUCCAUGAAUUUCCAGCCACAGAGAAUCACGUUACGCUCGCCCAAGUUCCCACAGCGAUCGUCUUCAUCAAGAAGCCUCAACAAUGUCAACUCUGACCUUGGACUACAAUGGCAGCAAUCUACGUCAAUGUAUCUUCCAGGUAUGACGUCACCGCGGUCGGCAACUUCAUCGCCCAAGUCACCACGUAAAGUUAGAUCAGCUGCCACUCCAAAGCACCGGAUGACCAAUGGGAGCAGCAUGAGCAAUGGCACCAAUGGUCAUCACAGAGAUUCACCUGAUGUUCCCAACUCUCUACUGGAGAGAUACGAUAUAGGGAAGGUUAUUGGAGAGGGGAAUUUCGCUGUCGUCAAGGAGUGUUUAGACAGAUUCAACAACAGAAGGUUUGCCCUGAAGAUUAUAGACAAGGCCCGUUGUAAGGGAAAGGAACAAAUGAUAGAGAAUGAAGUGUCAAUACUUCGUAAAGUGAAGCACCCGAACAUCAUCAUCUUGGUGGAGGAGUUCGACACUUCAGCUGAGCUGUACCUGGUCAUGGAACUAGUCUCUGGAGGAGACUUAUUUGAUGCAAUAUCCUCGGCCACCAAGUACACAGAGCGUGAUGCGAGUGGGAUGGUCUACAAUCUGGCCAGUGCUCUCAAAUACCUGCACUCCCUAGGAAUUGUACACAGGGACAUCAAGCCAGAAAACCUCCUGGUGUGUGACCACCCUGACGGAAGCAAGUCCCUGAAGCUGGGGGACUUUGGCCUGGCUACCACCGUGACUGACGUCCUGUAUGCUGUGUGUGGGACGCCCACCUACGUCGCACCUGAGAUUAUUGCAGAGUCUGGGUAUGGACUUAAGAUAGAUGUGUGGUCAGCUGGAGUCAUCACCUACAUUCUGCUAUGUGGAUUCCCUCCCUUUGUCAGCCCAAGCAACAACCAGGAUGACCUGUUUGAUCAAAUCAUGAUGGGAAAGUUUGAAUUUACUUCACCAUUUUGGGAUGAACUGUCCGCCUCAUCCAAGGAACUGAUAUCCCAUAUGUUGACCGUUGACCCAGAACAGAGAUAUACUGCAGAAGAAGUCCUUGCACAUCCCUGGGUCGCUGACGACACUGCCAAGGAUGAGGAUCUCCAUGACAACAUAGCCAAAGGUCUUAGUGCCCACUUUGUGAGGAAGUCCAAGCAGACUGUAGCAGGUGUCAGAGUCAUCACUACAACAGCACUGGACAAGGGAUCUAGGUUUUUUCAGGGGAGAGGAGGUGCCCCCCUCACUCUCCACCCCCGCGGAUCUGAGACUGCUGAUGAUGACGAAGUAUUCUGAUUGGGUGUUUUGGACAAGUAAACAAGCAGUCCAGUGAGAUGGAUGACAGGAUACAAGGCAGACAACUGCCUUCCUAGUACACAGGAUGAACAACACAGAAUGGACAUAUUUGAGAAUUUAAAAGAAGCAUUCUCAUUGGUUGUCCAAACUGCAUCCUCCCAUAAGAGCAAUGUGUUGAUUGGUCAGUGUUUUGUGCAAUUCACCCAUCCCAAACCAAUCAGCUUCUGGAUAUUCUUUUAAAACAUUACUGUGGCUUAAACAAUCAUUUCUGUUUUACAUUGUGAAAUACUGUCUUCAAUCUAUCUGCAUGUUUUAGCACAGACUCCCAGCUUUAAAACCAUAAACAUUUGAGGAUUAUUUUCCACUGUCCUCAAUGCAAUAUGUGUCCAAAUAGCUUCAUGGCUCAGUGUGGGUACUUUCACAUCAUUAUCACUGGUUUAGUCAUUGCCAUAAUCAUUCUAUA